AUGCUGAGGGAAUCUGAUAUAGAUUCCCUAAACACCCACUUAGCAUCAAUCUCUCAAGAAAAUCAACGCCACAAUGAAAAUUUGCAAGACCUGCUGAAUCAGUUCAAAAACUUGCUCGAAGACUACAGCUCCCUGAAAAGCGAUUAUGAGGAAGUCAAGGAAGGCCGCGAGAAGUACAAGAGACAGGCUCGGGGUCAGGACCGAAACCCAUUCGUGCUAGUGCUUGUUGAUGGAGAUGGAUACCUUUUCAAGGAACAUUUCUUAAAGGCUGGAAGUGAGGGUGGCAUUAAUGCCGCCCGUGAAUUAAGCGACUCGGUUAGGGAGUUGAUGCAUUCAACCAUGGGAAUGCAGGCAGAUCAAUGUCGAAUCAUGGUCCGUGUCUAUGCCAACAUCCUCGGAUUAUCUAAAGUCCUCGCUCGCGCUGGAUUGGUUGGACAUGAAGCUCGCUCGCUGUCCCCAUUUACUUCAGCCUUUACCCGAGCUCAGGAUCUCUUUGAUUUUGUCGAUGCCGCUGAAAAGAAAGAGGGAAGCGACUUCAAAAUCAGAGAGAUGUUCCGAUUGUUUGUGGAUCUCAACCAAUGCCGUCACAUCUAUUUCGCAGGUUGCCAUGAUUCUGGAUUUGGAUCUUUACUCACUCCCUACCGCGGAAGAGGCGACAGGAUCACUCUCAUUAAGUCGGCCUCAUUCCACCGAGAGUUCGAAGACCUCGGCCUACCAAUCAGGGAAUUACCCUCGGUAUUCAUGUCUACACCUCUAGCUACCACAAAGCCCACUGUGCCGGCUCAGACCAUCAAUACCAAGGUCGUCGUCAAUACAGUGAAUGGCAAUAAGCCGAUCUGCAAGCAUUUCCAAAAGGGAAUUUGCAAAUUUGGCCACGGCUGCAACAAGCAGCACGUCAUGCCAAAUCAACAGCUUUCUCGGCCAGCAGACCACCCGGAGUCGCCAUCGCCCAAACAAUUAUGGUCUGCUUCGCCGGUAGUGGGUCGCUCACAGGAAUUCCUCUUUUCUACCUUGCCGCCCCACAGCCUGAAGUCUGAGGAUUUUAUUCCCAUCAAUAAAGAUGGCGAUCGUCUGGAUACCUAUUGCCCUCACCCAUCCCCAGACGCGAUGGACGCCUAUCAUCGACGUGCCAAAGAGCGCAAAGUCUGUAACAGCUAUCAUCUCUCCGGCCAAUGUGGUGACAUGAGCUGUCAGUAUGACCAUGGAGAUGUCUCCAAUACUGUCAUCGAUGUACUUCGGUACAUACUUUUGCAACACCCUUGCUCUCGGGCUGGGGCUUGCCGAUCCCUGAAGUGCUACAUGGGUCAUGUUUGCCAGAAGCCUAAUUGUAAGGCUGUCAAAAGUUGGCAAUGCCGCUUCAAUCAGCGUGCACACACCCUUGACCUCAAUGUUGCUCAAUGGGUUGCACCUGCUGACCACAGCGAUGGAGAUGAUGAUAACCAUUCAUCUAUCAGCGUUGAAUCUUUCGAAAGUCAAUCGCCCAACACCGCUUUUUUCAACUAA